CGAAUCGUGUCGUAGUCGUAUCGUGCUUGCUAAAAACUUGUUUGUUAUUAUCCUUUUAAGCUCAAAGCGUCUCGGCGAUGUUGUAAGCGUCAGUCGGUUCCCGUUCACGACAAGAUGAAGUUCAUUGUAAACACUGUCGCGUUCUUCGCACUUUUUCAUGUCAUAUCCGGAUUAGCAGGGAAGGCUCCCACAAAAACAUUGAAUGAUGGCAACCAAAUCCCCAUGCUGGCGCUGGGAACCUAUGGAUUCGACGACAUCCCAAGAAUGCGUCAAGCAGUCAACUGGGCCAUAGAAGCUGGGUACCGCCAUAUUGACACAGCAGCUCUUUAUGAAAACGAAGAAGAAAUUGGAAAAGGCAUCAGCGAUGUUAUAAAAAAUGGACUUGUGAAGAGAGAAGAUCUUUUCAUUACUACUAAGCUAUGGAAUGACAAGCACGCACGUCACCAAGUGGUACCAGCUCUGCAGGAGUCUCUCUCCAAGCUGGGACUUGAAUAUGUAGACCUGUACCUCAUCCACUCGCCUGAAGCUAGCAACGCUGACGGUUCCCCCGCCAACAUCGAUUACUUGGAAACCUGGAAGGGCAUGGAAGAAGCCAAGAAGCUCGGCCUGGCCAGGUCCAUUGGAGUGUCCAACUUCAACACCGAACAGAUUGACAGGAUCAUUAAGAACAGCCUGAUUGUGCCUGCUGUCAACCAAAUUGAGGUCCACCCCUCAAACUCUCAAGAGGAGGCAGUGAAGGACUGCUUCGAGCGCAACAUUGCUGUCAUGGCGUACAGUCCAUUCGGUUUCUUCGUCUCCAGAGGACAAGGUGGAAGACCAGGCAAGGAUGACCCCAAGAUCCUGAACAUCGCCAGGAAAUACAACAAGACCGUCACUCAAGUCGUUCUGCGGUACUUGCUCGACAGAGACCUCAUCGUCCUCCCCAAGUCUACCAAGAGGCACCGCAUUGAAGAGAACAUCAACGUCUUUGACUUCCACCUGACUCCUGAGGAGAUGGCUGUGAUGAAGAGCUUCAACACCAACACCAGUAUUUUUGACUAGAUCCCAUAAUAUUUAUGGAUCUUCUACGUAUAUUUUAAGAUACCAUUUUGUAUAACGUCUUCUAAAAAGUGUGUUCUUUGCUCCGACGACUUAUAAUUGCCAUUCUUUCUUUCUUUCUUAGUUUUAUUUUCCAUCUAGAAUGGCUUUUAUAAGGUAAAUAAACGUUUAUUUUUGGAA